AUGACUGACGCUCCCAAAAAAGUCGAUUACACACUCUACCUCGUCACAGACAGCACUAUGCUGCCUCCUGGCACUGAUUUCUUUGAACAGGUUGAAAAAACCCUUGCCAAUGGAGCUGUGACCAUUGUACAGUUGCGUGAAAAGAAUAUUGACACAAAAGACUUUGUUGCCAAGGCCAAAAAGCUCCAUGAAAUUACCAAAAAGUACAAUGUUCCUCUCAUUAUUAACGAUCGUGUCGAUGUAGCUUUGGCUUGCGAUGCCGAAGGUGUUCAUGUUGGCCAGGAAGACUUGGACGUCCCUGCCUUGCGCAAACUUAUUGGCAAAAACAAGAUUAUUGGCGUUUCCACACAUGACCCGACUGAAAUCAAGCGCGCUAUUGCGGAAGGAGCCGACUAUGUGGGAAUUGGUGCUGUCUAUGGCACUAAGACCAAGGAUCUUACUAGAGAACCCAUUGGUACUGUUGGUCUCAAAGAAAUCUUGCUGGCGGCUGACAAUAAGAUCCCAGCUGUGGCCAUUGGUGGAAUAAAUCCCUCCAACGUUCAACGGGUCCUUUAUUUUUCAGCCACCCCAGAAAAAAACAUCAAGGUUUCUGGUGUUGCCGUUGUUUCUGCCAUUAUGGCAAACAGUGACUCGGCCGAGGCGUCACGCGUGCUGCGCGCGCUCAUUGAAGAAAACCCAUCCUGGGACUUGACGGCCAAGAUUCCUUGGGACGAAAAGUUCAGCCAAGAAAACAUUCUCACCGAUAUCUCCGACCUGCUUUCCAGAGUCAAUGCUGUCAAACCUCUCGUCCACCAUAUUACAAACGAUGUUGUCAAGAAUUUCAGUGCAAACGUCACAAUUGCCACUGGCGGCAGCCCUGUCAUGUCGGAAUGCGUAGAUGAAUUUAGCGACUUUGCUGAAUACCCUAAUGCAGGCUGUCUUAUCAACAUGGGCACCCCGACUCUUGAGGGUGUGACUCUUUACAGACAAGCUGGUGGUGAGUACAAUAAGCGCGGCAAGACUGUUGUUUUUGAUCCCGUUGGUGCUGGCGCUACCCGUCUGCGCACCAAGGCCUGCCUCGAACUCCUACAACAUGUUGCCUUUGACGUGGUCAAGGGCAAUGAUGGCGAAAUCUACGCGGCUGCUGGCCUUAAAAGUCCCACCAAGCAACGUGGUGUUGACUCAGAUACAGAUGCUGACAAUGAAGCCCGCUUCCAGGCCGCCUACAAACUUGCUCAGGACUACCGCACCAUUGUGCUUAUGACCGGCCCUGAGGACCUGCUGGUGGACGAGCAUGGAAAUGCUCUUAUUUUUGCCAAUGGCUCUGAGUAUCUCUCUCUCAUCACCGGCUCCGGAUGCUCUCUCGGCUCUCUCAUUACCACCGUGCUUGCUACUGACAAGUCACUUCUUGACCAAAUUGAGGACCGCAUGCCUUACGGCAACUUUUUGGCUACCGCUGCUGCUAUUGCUCUUUAUACAGUUGCAUCUGAACAGGCAGCAAACUUCCCUACCUGCACUGGUCCGGGAACCUUUGUGCCUUUGUUUUUGGACCAACUCCAUGCUAUUUCAAAGGAAAACAGAUUGGGCAACACCAAGUGGCUCAGCCGAAUCAAUAUUCGUCCCUUCAAACAUGAUUAA